UCUCUUUAUCUCUUGUUACUCGGUGUUUCAAAAGUUCGUGCUGGGGGUUUAAAUGUUUUCCCUUUGCGUAAAAAAUGAUUUCUAGUUUUUUCUAAUCACAAGGUUCGACUAAUGUUUGCGCAUUUCAAGUCCUUCCCAUUUUCAUCAACUUUUUCAACAGUCUGUACUUUUUGUUUUCUCCCUUACUCUCUGCUCUUUGUUUUUUCACCUCUUUUUCAAUUGAAGUUGUAAUUUUGUGUCUGUGGGCCAACAGAUUGGCCCACAGUUGUAACUAUCUUUCAUUCAUAUCACCAUCACCAUCAUCAUUGCUUUCAUAGACAUAUCUUUCAACUCACUAUUUUUUUGCUAUCAGCCGAUAAUACAUAAAGAAAGAUCAACAAUUUGCUUCUUGUUUCUUUCCUAGUCUCCAGUUGAACUUGUUUCUCUUCUGCUCUCUCCUUGUCUCUCGUUUUUUAAUAGUGUCAAUUUCACUACACAAUUGUAAACAUUAUUAAUACAUUUACUUUGUGAUCAUAAUUUGUUGACUUAAUGUUUUUUUAACUUGUUUACCUAUUUUACUUGCAUUUCACUCAUUUGCUUUCUCUUCGUUUACCUCGUGAAUUUUAAAUGAAUAACUUGCUCCCAAGCCAGAUUAUUGGGUACUUUAGUUAAUGGCCAUUAAAUGGAGUUACCAUCGCAUUAUCUGCAACUUCACUUGAAUUUAGUCUUGGAUUUACUAAUUAUUAUGGUUAAAUUGUGAUAACAAACCAAAAGCAUAAGGUGUUCAGUUGGUUAUCACCUUAUGAAUAUCGCCAUUAUAUCCACUAGUCACCUUCACUACCUUUACCAUCAUCAUCUUCACCCUCCUCAUCUUUUGUUAUUACCGGUUAACAAAUGAAAUCUUUGAAAGAUUUAAGUUCGCCUCGUCCAUCAACCAUAUCAUAUACUCCAUCAUCACCUUCACCUGUAGAGAAGAUACAACGAAGCUUAUCAAUAUCAUCAUCUCGUUCCUGUGAAACUAAACAAUUGCUCAUCGUCGAUGCCGACAGUGUUUCACUUUCAACGAAAACCUUCUGUCGUUCACGGAUUGGUUACUUAAUAACAUCUCUGGUUCUAUCAGCAGCUUACCUUCUCCUAACUCAAGUACUUAUUGGUUUAUCGGUUGAACACGUAUUAAUUGCCUUAUUAUUUACUCUAUUAUACAAUGGAACCAGUACAACGCGUAAAUUUAUCAUCGGUUUUAGUAUAUUCAUCGUUUAUUGGAUAAUCUUUGAUUAUAUGAAGGCAUUCCCAAAUUAUAGACUCCGUCCAGUUGCCAUUCAAAGUCUUUAUUCACUUGAAAAAUCACUCUUUGGCCUAUGCAUUAAAGGAACCAGGUAUACUCACAAUGAAUUCUGGCGACUCAAGGCAACCCCAGCAUUAACUUUAAUGUCGGGUUUAUUUUACUUAACUUGGAUCCCAUUACCAUUAUCAUUUGCGGGUUACCUUUUCUUUUCCAAAAAACGCAAAGCCUUCAUUCAUUUUUCAUUGAAUUUCCUCUUUAUCAACUUAAUUGGCUUCGCUAUCUACUAUAUUUACCCUUCAGCACCUCCAUGGUACAUAGAAGAACAUGGAUUCUGGUUUGAUCCGGACACAACUCCAUCACCAGGACGUUUAAGGGAUUUUGAUUCAAUCAUUGGUUGGCCAUUAUUUGGUUUAAUCUAUUCCAAAAGUUCCAAUAUAUUCGCCACAAUGCCUUCCCUUCAUGUUUCUUAUCCAUCAUUAGUCACAUUUUAUGGACUCAAAUUGAGACUCCCGUUACCAUCAAUUAUUAUAUUUAUAAUUAUAACAACUGGUAUCUCCUUUUCCGCUGUCUACACCUCGCAUCACUAUAUUUUAGAUGUACUUGCAGGAAUAACUACAGCUUCCUUAGGAUUUGCAGUUUUUACAUUUUUCCUUCUUCAAAGUGUACUUUUUUCUAAAUUUGUAAAUCUUCUCAUCAAAGAAACAAGAUGAUGUUGAUCUGCAACAAUCAACUUCCCAAAGACCAAUAGUCUGAAUUAAGCCACUUCGAGUCAAGUCAAAUCAAGUCGUAUGUACCAGAAAACAAUACACACAAAGACCCAUCCUUAACCCAUAAAAAACUACCAACACAAAUACACAACAUGAAGAAGAAAAAACUCGAAAAAAAAGAUAUUAUACAUAGAUUAUUGUUAUAUUAUUAUUACUAUUAUUAUUAUUUUGUUGUUACUUCGUCAACAUUUUAACUACAAUGUUAUUAAGAAAACGAAAUCCCAAAAUGAAAUGUAAAAUGUAUACAGUUGCUUUACAAAA